AUGGAUUGGGUUUCAGAAUAUGACGUAAGUUUGAAGUUCAAGACGAGAUGGCUUAAACUUGAUAAGGAUGAUGGGACCAAGGUAGUGAUGGCUAGAGAGAUCGCGGUAUACUACCAAGCAUCUGAUGGCAUCCGAGUAGACCUUCAGAAGAUCAAGGCAGUGUUAGAGUGGGAACCGCCUAAGAAUGUCAUCAAGAAGAUAGCUUUGCCCCUUCUCCUUCUUGUUCUAAUCCUCUUUAUUCCCAUUCUGAAAGUAUUGUUCGCCAAAUUCGUCAACAGCAAUGGCUACGCUCCAGCGGAGGGCACUAUUUUCGGGCAGAUUUUGUACUUCGACUAUCUAUACGACUACCAAACUCAAGUCGCCAAAAGGCUGCCCACUUACAGGAUGAUUGGUUUAACCCACAGUGAAAUUUCGACCACCGAUACUCGAAACAUUGAGCACAUACUCAAAACCAGUUUCAACAAAUAUGCGAAAGGUAAACAUCUGCAAGAAAAUGUUUCAGAUCUUUGGGGAGAUGGGAUUUUUGCUGCUGAUGGAGACAAGUGGCGUCAGCAGUGGAAGCUUGCCAGCUACGAGUUCUCCACCAGAGUUCUCAGAGACUUCAGCUGCUCUGUUUUCAGAAAGAACGCUGCAAAAUUGGCUACGACAAUCUCAAAGCUUGCCAUGUCGGGUCAAGUUAUUGAAUUCCAAGAUUUGUUCAUGAAAACCGCCUUGGAAUCGAUAUUUAAAGUUGGUUUCGGAAUAGAUUUAAACUGCUUGGAUUGGUUAAGCAACCAAGAGGCCACCACCUUUUCCAAGGAUUUCGAUGAUGCCAAUGAAGCGGUGAAUCUUCGUUUCAUCAAUCCUCUUUGGAAACUGAAAAGGUUUCUUAACAUCGGGUCUGAAGCUACCCUGAAGAAGAACAUCGAAAUCAUUGAUAAGUUUGUCCACAAUAUAAUAAGCACCAAGAAGGAAUUGUUGGCAAUGAACUCGGCUCCUAUUGAGAAAGAUGAUAUACUUUCGAGAUUCUUAGCGGAGAGUGAAAAGAAUCCAGAAACAAUGAGCACUCGAUAUCUAAGAGACAUUAUUCUGAAUUUCUUGAUUGCUGGUAAAGAUACAACUGCAAACACUUUGUGCUGGUUCUUCUACAUGCUCUGCAAAAACCCCACGAUACAGGAAAAGAUUGCACAAGAAGUUAUAGACCUCACUUAUAGCGAACCGAAUGAUGCUAACUUGGACGAUUUCGCGGCCACCAUAACCGAUGCAACUAUCGAUAAGAUGCAUUAUCUUCAUGCAGCACUAACCGAGACCUUAAGGCUCUAUCCUGUAGUUCCCUGGGAUGGAAGGUGCGCACAGGAGGAUGACGUUCUACCCGAUGGGCACAAAGUAAAGGAAGGAGACGAGGUUUUUUACCUGGCAUACGCCAUGGGAAGAAUGCCUUACAUUUGGGGAGAAGACGCUGAGGAAUUUCGACCAGAAAGAUGGCUUAAGGACGGAGUUUUUCAACCCGAAUCGCCAUUCAAAUUCAUAUCAUUUCAUGCCGGUCCCCGAAUUUGUUUAGGCAAGGAUUUUGCGUAUCGACAAAUGAAGAUAUUGUCGAUUGUCCUUAUCCGUUAUUUUCGGUUUAAAUUGACCGAUAAUGCACAAGAUGCAGCUUACAGAGUUACAAUUACUCUUCAUAUGAAAGGGGGACUUCAUGUUUGUGCUUUUCCCAGGGCAAUUUAACCAGCUUCCACACAUUAAACACUGUUGCCUGGAAAGUGUU